GCGUUACAGUUCGCUCUGUUGUAUCAUGCACAUUUCAUUCCAGUCUAGAAGUUUAUUGUUCUGUAGAAGCUGAGAAUUUGAUGACUGGUGAAAGGUUUUUCGCAAAUGAUGGAUUUUUUACAAUGGUUGCCGUUGAUUUCGAAAAUUCACCAACACCAGUUCCUCGAGCUAUUCCUGAUGAUGAACAAGAAAAAGAAUUAUUUGCUGGAGCAGAAUUAAGACGAAAGCGCAGACUUGGACAACGUAGAGAAUUAAUCCAAAAGGAAUUAUCGGCACACCCUGAAGAAUUUGAACAAGUAAAUAAUUAUUGA